GGUUUUGUAAACAGCGUUAUCUGUAUCCUGUUAUGUACACAACCACACCGAGAUUCUAUGUAAUGCAAUUAACCGAUUCACCUUCGCAAGUCUGUUGGUUGUUUAAAAAUAAAUAAAUAUAAAAAAACACCGACACGAACAAGAUGGAUGAUAAACUUGUUUUUCGCGCUUUUCUCUAUGCUGUGUUGGUGAUUUCUGUCAACGCCCAGCCCUGGAAUACUUAUAUACCGUGUAACACGACCACCGACUGCCUUCUCGACCUAUGCUGCCGCGAUGCCGAAGGGAACCUUCCAUGGGGCGAAGGUGGAGGGUUUCCAGACGAUGUAAUCGUAGUAGGAGGAACGUGUUGGUAUGGUCCUAGCAAACCCGGAACGAUAUGCUCGCAACAAUGCGGGUGUGGAGCUGGUUACACAUGCUACAAGACGAUCACCGGCGCCUGCUGUCCACCGACCACGUGCUGGGACGCAAAGGAAGCUGCCAAGGACAAGAAAUAUUGGGACAAAUGUUUUGAAGAUCCUAAAUGCCCUCUUCCGCCGUGAAAUGAAUGCCGUACAUUGUGUUAAUGGGAUGACAUAUGUGUAUAUUGUUUUUUUCGUCUUAAAAUUAAAUUUUAAGGUGUGUAA